GCAAAGUAAGGCUUGGAUGACUCAAGACAUAUGGACAUCGAUACUGACAUCUUUUGACAAUGAAAUCACACUGCAGAAAAGAAAGGUUAUUUUAUUCGUCGACAAUGCCGCGCCCCAUAAGUUAGUGCCUUUACAAAAUGUAGAUCUCCAGUACCUUCCAGCUAACAAGACAUCAAUUUUACAACCGCUCGAUCAAGGCAUUAUCCACGCAUUCAAAGCUUAUUAUCGUCAAAUUAUUGUAAGAAAGCAGAUACUUUCUGUGGAGAGUGGAAGAAGCAUUGAAGAGUUUGAGAAAUCGAUUAACUUGUUGACAGCAAUUCAAAUGAUACAUCGAGCUUGGUGGUUGGUGAAGCCCGAGACCAUAUCUAACACUUUUAAAAAGUGCAAAUUUUUCACCGAAAACUCCGAGAUCGUGGAAGGCGACGACGAACUGGAUCAGGAAAACAUAAUAAUAUUUAGUGAGCUACAACAAGAAGAGUUCAGAAAUUUCGUUAGGAUUGAUAACAACCUUGCCUGCUACGGGGAAUCUACCGACGAGCAUAUAAUCGCAGAGGCCAUACAAGGAGAAAAUUCAAUAAUGGAAGACCCGUCCGAUGAUGAACCUCCUAAUAGUGUUGCAGAUAGCAUUCCAAGCCAUAAGGAAGUCAUUGAUUCCAUUAAUACUAUCCGUAGAGCACUUAUGCCUACAAAUAAAUGUAUGCUCGAGAUCGAUAAUAUUGAACAGUAUUAUUUCGAACUCUCUAAAUUAAACAUUCAGUCGAAAAUUACGGACUUUUUUAAAAAUGAUAUGUAAAUGAAUUUGUGCAUUCAUUAUAUGUAGUGCAUAUAUGCACAUAUGUAUGUAUGUAUGUAUGUAGAACCCAAUAAGUGAUACAAAAUUCAGUAAAACUGUUAAUGUAUUGAUCUCUGUACACUUGCAAUUAUUU